GGGGGUGAGUCUGUACGUGCGUAAUCUGCCCUAUAGCUUCAGUGAGCAGCAGCUGAACGGAGCGUUCUCACCCUUUGGAAGCAUCAUGAGUGCCAAGUUGAUGAUGGAGGCCGGACGCAGCCGAGGGUUUGGAUUUGUCAGCUUCUCCACCCUCGAAGAUGCGACCAAGGCUGCGUCGGUCAUGGACGGGCGUGUGGUUGCCGGCAGGGCGUUGCGGGUCACUCUUGUCUCGUCACAACGAGCAGAAGACCCAGACCGAGAAGCAGGACAGCAGCAGUGACUCACUUCCUGCUGGACGGUUUACGUCUGCUGUUCCUCAAGUCGAAAAACGCCCUGACGCUCAACCUGAAAACCAGCCGGCGCUUCAGGACGUCAGUCGACAGACAGCAGCGUGCGCCCUCGCUCAGAGUGAGAGUCUCCGCCCACCCAUGCCUGUCGACCUGUGGGAUGACGUUAAUACUCGGCCCCCGCGCCUGCUGGUCUCUCAGGUGCUCAUGGAAUACUGGGCAAGCCAAGCAGGGUUGGAUGUGUUGCGUCCUAUGCGACCGCUCGCCCUGCCUGCACCCAGUGAUGAUACUGAAGUCUUCACUCACUUGUCUCAGAUUCCCAAAACUCUGCCUGACGGUGCAAGAGCUCCUGUCCAAACGCAAGCUCAACAGCUGGUUGACUCUUCACAUCGGUCACCAUCCGCGUGGGGGCGCCGGUUCUGGACGACGUUAGACGGAUGUUCGGAUUCCAGAAGCCUGAGCUGCCCCACCAGCUGGAGCAUCACGAAUCUACAGACAACACGCAGGCAUUACAAAUGGAUCUAUGGCAGAACACUCCCGCGGAACAAGACCAACGUGAGGCUUUGAUGAACGCGUCAAAGCUGUUCAUUGUAAAUACCUGUACAUAUUGUAAAUAAAAUAGCAUGAGAAUGAAUUUGAGUCUGAGUUUUU